AUGAUUUUUAUUAUUUUGAUAAUUCUCUUUCUAUUAUUUUCACUAUUAGUUGUAUAUAUCUUUAAAAGAUAUAGAAGGAGAGAGUAAAUUCCUUAAUCUUCAAUACCUAUAAAAUUGGAAGAAAAUAAGGAAAGUACAUAAGAAAAAACAGAAAUAGAAGCAAUAACUAUUACAAAAUAAACAUCUAAUAAAACCAAUAUUAGUGAAUAAAAUAUACAUAAAAAACAUUUAAUAGAUGAAUAGGCUUUUUAAUUUAAUGAAGAUAGUGAUAAUGAAAAAGAUGAAGAAAGAAAUUCUUCAGGCAAUUAAUCAUCAGAUCAUAAAUAAAAUCAUUCAUUCUAGUUUCAAGAAGGAGAGUAAAAACUAGAUGAAUUGAUUGAACCAGAAAAUUGAAUUAUUUAACAAAAAGU